AUGGCGGUCUGCACCUGGAGCCUUACCCGUUAUCUACUGCUCUUCUCAGUCCUCUUCCUCGUUAUCCACGCACAGAUCAUCACCAAAAACGUGGCCUACAGCAAGCCGACAUUCCAGAGCUCAACGCUACGUUCACUAGGCACGAUGUACGUGGGAUCUAAGGCGGUGGAUGCAGACAGGACCUGGCCGGCGUGUUCCCAUUCCGAGAGGGAGCAGAACCCGUACUGGACCGUGGACCUCGUUCUCCCCACUACAGUGUAUGACGCCAGGGUCGUUAACAGGGAUGACUGCUGUCAGGACCAAUUGAAGGGUUUCAGGGUUUUCGUAAGCAACUCACGUGACCUGGCAUCAGCUACUCUGUGUUACAUGAGUCCUAAUUGGCCCACUCCAGGAGUCACCGUCGACUUCUCUUGUACGACGCCUGUGAUUGGUCGUUAUGUGUCCAUUGUCUUGCCAGGGUUGGCAUCUUUGGCGCUAUGUGACGUUGCCAUUUAUGGAGGGAUGGGCCAAGGUGGUAGGAUUGUUUGGGUUUACCAGCUCUGUGCUGAGGCCAAUCACGCCACUUCGCCUAAAUGUGCUGAUUACACGUUCGGUAAAGACUGUGUGGGGGAAUGUCAUUGUAAAAACGAGAUGGAGGUCUGUGACAAAAGGUCGGGCACGUGCAAAUCCGGAUCCUGUCCAGAUUUUAAGUUUGGGAUUGACUGCAAACAGAAGUGUCAGUGUCAACGGUACAACGAAGCGUGUAAUAAGGUGACUGGCUUCUGCCAAUCAGGCUGUCUGGCGGGACUUGGUGGAGUCGGCUGUCAGAGCGCUUGUGAGGACCUUACCUUUGGGUCGAACUGCGAAGGUCAGUGUCGAUGUCUAGACAACUCUGAAGUCUGUGACAAAAUAACAGGCGCAUGCGCCACUGGAUGUGCACCGGGCUGGACAGGAAGUGACUGUACCACAGCGUGCGCCGGAGGAACAUACGGAAUAAUGUGCCGUGGGCGAUGUCGAUGUUCCGACCCCUCGGAGGUGUGUGACACCACCACCGGAUUCUGUGCCUCGGGCUGUGCACCCGGAUGGACUGGAAAUCGAUGUCAUGUCGAAUGUCCGAAUGGAUAUUUCGGAGCCCGCUGUAAGGAGAAGUGUAACUGCUAUGAUGCCAGCGAAGUCUGUGAUAAGGCGACCGGAACCUGUUUGUCGGGAUGUGCCGGAGACAGCCGAGGGGAAGGGUGCUCGGAGUGUCCGUUUGGACGAUUCGGGACUGCCUGUGAGAUGGAGUGUCGAUGCCGUAACACCAGCGAGCAUUGUGCUCGGGCAACCGGAUUCUGUCUGUCCGGGUGUGAGGGAAUGCCGGACAGUAAGACCUGCCUCGUACCUGUGAGAGUCAAUCAGAUAUUUACUCUCUUCCCAGAAUCCCGACAAGGACUUCCGGCGGAAGCUGUGGGAGGUAUUAUCGGAGGCAUUGUGGCAGUUCUUCUUGUUCUAAUGGUUGCCAUUUUGAUUUGUCUUUCUCAAAGGAAUUCAAAAAAGGCUAACCGGGCAAGAAAUUCCUUGUACGAGAACUUUGGACCCAACUUUCUAGAAGCCCAGGCUGUUCCUAACAGCUCCUGCGACCAGCAGUCAGCUUACGAGAAUGUGGAGGUGCUCUAUGAAAACUGCGGGGAGGUAACUCCGUCUUCUGACGCCAUGGAUACCGACGAACUGUUCGACUACGUGCAGGGUUUUCUGGCGGACCCGGAAAGUUUGGAAGCUGCCUUUAAGGAGAUCCCUAUCCCGCUGGCCACAUCUAACGAAGCUCUGCAGCCAUGGAACCUGAAGAAAAACCGCUACCGCCAUGUUCUGCCAUUUGAUGGCUGCCGAGUUCUACUGCAACAACCCGAGGGCGAGGAACAGACUGACUAUAUCAACGCCUCCUACAUCGAUGGUUACCAGAAACCAAGAGCUUACAUAGCAACUCAAGGCCCGACGCCAGUUAUGAUCGAUGACUUCUGGAAAAUGGUCUGGCAAGAGAAAUGUGGGAAGAUUGUCAUGUUGACGAAUUUACUGGAAACGGGGCGAAGGAAGUGUGACCAGUACUGGCCUGACGCAGGCUCACAGAUAUAUGGCGACAUAGAAGUGGAAUACCUGUCAACUGAAGAUUUUGCUUACUUCACUGUCCGCAGUUUUAAACUUACAAAGGGAACGGAUGUUAAAACUGUCACCCAGUUCCACUUCCGGAACUGGUCUGACCAUGAUGCACCGGACGACACCACGGGGAUACUUCACUUCCGGGACAAGAUACGCGACACCAACGUGGAAACAGACGGUCCGACAGUUGUCCAUUGCAGCGCCGGCGUGGGACGGACUGGGACGUAUAUAGCAUUAGACAUUUUAAUUGAGCAAGCGCAGAAGGUCGGCGUCCUUGACAUUGAUAACUGUAUCUUGAAGCUGAGGAAACAACGAAUGCAUAUGAUCCAAAAUCCCACGCAGUACGAAUUUUUGCACAAAGCUUUACGAGACGCAAUCCUAUGUACUAACUCAUCUAUAUCAGCGGGUAAAUUCCUGGAGGACAGCUUAACGGAUACGGCGGGUACACAAACCAGAAUAGCCAGUGAGUUUCUGGCGUUGGGAAAGUUCCAGGCUUUGGAAAAUCGAAAGAAAGAAACGGUUUCCGAGAAGAAAAGUAAAAACAGAUCAGAUGAUAUUAUCGCCUCUGAUUUCCACAGAGUGUUUUUGUCCACGAAUGUACCAGAUAGGACGAAUUACAUUAACGCCAUAUUUGUCCCGUGUGACAUCACGUCAGACGCCACAAUUUUAGAGUGA